AAAAAAUAAGUUGGGAUUUGAAAACGUAUUUCUCUACCUAUGUAUAUAUCCCAACAUUCACAUUAAUUGAUAUCAAUCAUCAAUCAAAAUUAAGUCAAAAGUAUCAUCAAGAAGAGAUAUAUAAAACAUGAAACUCUUGGGAAAAAUGGUUUAUAUAAAUGUUUUGAUGACGGUAAUGGCGAUUUGGUUCGUGUCCUUGAGUUACGGUCAAGGAGCCGAGUCACUAAUGGCAGGUGUUGUAGCCGAGGCACCAAGGAUUGAUGAUGCAGCCGACUCACCUGAAGCUGACAGACUCGACAACGGUUGGUAUGACGCACGAGCCACAUUUUACGGUGACAUCCAUGGUGGAGAGACUCAAAAGGGAGCUUGUGGAUAUGGUGAUCUAUUCAGACAAGGCUAUGGUCUAGCCACGGCGGCGUUGAGCACAGCACUCUUCAACAACGGGUACACGUGCGGGGCUUGUUUCGAGAUCACGUGCGCGCAUGAUCCACAAUGGUGUUUGCCCGGAUCCAUCAAGAUCACAGCUACAAAUUUCUGUCCACCUAAUUACACCAAGACCGUAGACGUUUGGUGCAAUCCACCACAAAAACAUUUUGAUCUCUCCCUAGCAAUGUUCCUCAGGAUCGCCAAGUACAAAGCCGGGGUUGUCCCGGUUAGAUACAGACGUGUUCCUUGCUCGAAAACCGGUGGUGUCAGGUUCGAAACUACAGGAAACCCUUGGUUCUUAAUGAUCUUGCCAUACAAUGUAGGAGGAGCCGGAGAUAUUAAGGCCAUGCAGGUUAAAGGAAGCAGAACCGGUAUGGAUAACCAUGCGGAAGAAUUGGGGACAGCACUGGACCACCAAUGUUGUGUUGACCGGACAAGGUUUAUCAUUCAGGGUUACGACGAGUGAUGGGGUUACUAUGGAUUUUAUGAACGUGGCGCCACAUAAUUGGGGAUUUGGUCAGACUUUUAAUGGAAGGAUUAACUUUUAGGAGAAUGACUUGAGUUUUGUUAUCUAAGUCUUAACACAAAAAGAAAACAUAGAUGUAUUACCCGGUAAAACAAAUUUACAAUAAUUAAAAAUAAAAUAUAAACGAGAACUCUUUAAUUUUUGUUUUAUGUUGAAUUCAUGCAUUUGAAAAAAGAUUUCAUGCAUCUUAACUUCAUACUAACUAAGAUGUAACCCUCCUCACGCGUCUUUUGACAUAGUAUUUCUGUUUGGUUCGGUGCAAAUUAUUCAGUUUCUUUUCCCAAGUAUUUCUUAUAAUCGC